AUGGAGACCAAGAGUACGCCUCAGAUGAAGACCUCGAGUGACCAUGGGCCCGCCGCCAUGUCGUCGUUGGGAUCAGAUACAGGCGACCCCCCGGCAUCUGCCGUGUCACCUCGCAACGCCAAUGACAACAGUAAAAUGCUACCGACUCAAUUUGAGCAGUACGGGUCCCUAACAAGUGAGCCUGCAAUCCAGUGGCCAAAGCUGAAGAAGGUGGCCCCAAAGACGAUGCUGGAGGUUAACAAAGAGCCACUGCCGUGGAUGCAAAAACAGUUGCGCCGAGUGCAAAAAGAGGAAAACAUAUCACAACAGGUUCGGGAUCAAAAAUCCGCUGACGUCGAGUUAUGGAGAUCUCAACUGCGCAAGAUCUCGGCCCUGGAUGUGGGUUCUCUCGACCAUGACGAGGACGUAGAUCACGGCAAUCACAAGCAAGCUGGAACUUGCUUGACCUGUCCUCGCGAAACGCCUUCGUCAUCACCCCUUCUCGAUGAUUUGGUCACACACACUCCAGACAUCCCCAAAAGGCUGUCCGGAGCGGAAUGUGUGGGCCAGGAUGACCAGGAUGACCAGAUACAUAAUCUUGAGCAGAAGCGCCUGAAGGAGAUCCGAGCCUCAAGUUCUCAAAGAUCGAGCUCAAGAAUCUCGACCAUGACGAAGGUGGAAUCAACUACAGUGACCCACGUUUAUCAGGUCAACGAGCCUGUUUAUUCGACUUCGGAAUCGCUUACGGCAAAAGAGAACAUUGCUGGCAGCGCGGAACAGGCCUGUAAAGAGCUGUCUCGGAGCCACACCAGUGCGAUCGAAGUCUUCAGCCCGAUGCCCAUCAUGCCACCUAACCACACAUGCUCCUGGAAGGAUCGAUAUCUGAACUUGACGGCCGAAGUGCGGCAGUUGAAAGCGGAGAUUUUGUCCCAAGAGCGGCGCAAAAGUUCGGAACUUGUGGACGUUGGGGUCGACGUCGGCCAGGGCGAGGACUAUGGGCUGGGCGUCGAGGGGCUCACCAUUGUUAUGCAUUUGAAAGGCAAAGACGACCUGAUCAUCAACACCGACUUGACGCAGGCAUCUUCCGACGUGUGA